AUAACAUUAUAAAUUGAGAUCCAAUUCCCAAACACAUUCAAAAACACUGAAAAAAAUGAAACGAAACUCUAUUUCUCGUUGCACCAUUUUUUCAACUUUCUAUUUUAGAUCACCGAUCAAACUCAGCUCGAGUUCUUCCCCUUUUUCAAUUCUUUCUCUAUAAAAAAGAGAGUAUAUUGUGUUGCUCCACAGCUCUCACUCUCUAAGAAAUGGGAAGAACAUCAUCAUGUUGUUCCAAAGGAGGCUUACACAAAGGGCCAUGGACUGCUAGAGAAGAUGCAUUGCUUGUCAGCUAUAUUCAACAACAUGGUGAAGGCCAUUGGAGAGCCUUGCCAAAGAAAGCUGGUUUGCUUCGAUGUGGAAAGAGUUGUAGAUUGAGAUGGAUGAACUAUCUUCGACCCGACAUUAAACGUGGCAACAUAACCCCCGACGAGGACGACUUGAUUAUAAAACUACACACUCUACUUGGCAACAGGUGGUCUCUCAUUGCCGGUAGGCUUCCUGGCCGAACCGAUAAUGAGAUAAAAAACUACUGGAAUUCCCAUCUAAGCAAAAAGUUGGCAAUAACCAAAGACAAUGCAGGAGAGGCAAAGGAGAAGAUCAUCACUACAAACUCUCCAAAUGGAGAGACAUCAGACAGUAGAAAACCGGCCCGAGUUUCGAACGGCGAUAACUCGGGCAGUGGCAUGGCAAGCGGGCUACCUUUUUUGUCGGGAAAUCAAGGAGGUGGCGGCGAGACCGAUCGGUUGGCUGUGAAUGGAGGAGGAGAGAUUGAGAAGCUGAAAGGAAGGGAAGAAAUGGAAGAAAGUGGGGAUCUUUUUGGUGGGUGUGAAGUUUUCUAUGAAGGGUCGUGGAACUGUUCUGAAAAUGGAGAAAGAAUUGAAGAGGUUGAAGAUGAUUCUUAUCAACAGCUACUCAGCCUGCAGGGAGAAGAUUACAUUCAGUUAGAGUCCUUCAUUGAUUACUUCUUAAUUUGA